AUGAAACCUAUGACUCAGCCACUACAGCCUAUCGCGAUAAUAGAGAUCAAAUCUCCCGAGUCGGCCCGGAGCGGCGACGGCGGCUUCCUGCAGUUCCGGCCCGUGGCUUACACCACGCAAGAGCGCGGCGUCACCACCUCUACGAUAGUGCACGUCUCCGCUUUCAACAGGACGUCAAUCCCCAAGAGCAGCACGUUGGAGACGUUCUUCCGUCACGCCGAUGCCAGCCGCCUGCUGCUGCAGGACUUGCUGGUGUCCUUCGGCGAGGCCGGCGACGGGUUCUACGAGAAGCACAACUACACUUCUUGGUCGUUCACGGUGGGCUACGGCGCGCCUCCCCUAGAAGGCUUCUCGGCCUUCGUGAUCGGCAUCAUCUGCGUGGGCCUCGGGCUGCCGAUAGCCCUGGCGGCGUCGGGCGCGGUUUAUGCGCUGGUGCGCCGACGCCACGACCCGCCGCGCCGGUUGCUGGACGACGAAUGACCUUAUAGCUUCAGCGCGCUGAGGGAGCAUGACUGAUGUUUUCAGAGCCACCAUCGCAAAGUCAACCAAUAACAUGUAGGAAACCGAUGCCUUCUUACAAUUUUCCCAACAUUUUACAUCAUGGAUUCAAUUGAAAUCGUCCCGCCCGCGCCCUUAGAAAAAUAAACUUUUUAGCUUAGUUGUUCACAGAAUACAGGUGACAUGAUAGGCUCAAAGAUGGACUGCGUAUUGGUCUAAAAGGACCCCUACCAAAUUACAUAAUAUAUUGGGAAAGAACUUAGGAACCAAUGAAAAUGCAAAAUAGACGCAUGGCACCAAAUUAUUAUAUUAUUACGGUGUAAAUAAUAUUUUAAUUGAGUUUGAGUUGGAUGGUAUUAUUCAUUUUUAGCAACUUAAACUGCAUCCUAAAAUACUUUAGCACUUAACCAGUGUUCUCAAUAACAACAAGAACCUUUUACAUAACAGCGUCUUAGAGAGCACGAUUUUAAUUUUAAUUGACCAUAAACAAACCAGAGACAGUUUACGUUUGAUUAGAUAUUCGUUUUAGUAAAAUUUAAAUUAAUUUAGACUGUAAUUCAAUGAUCUGUGUAAUUUAAAUAUGAAUAUACAGGGUGAUAGAUUAAACGUAGAAGUAACUUCCAAAGGUACUAUGGAACCAAUGGUAAAAUUUAUUUUUAAAAAAUCCUGCUAUUUUAUACAUUCUGCUCGAGUAAUUUUCAAUUUUGUUUCGGAUCAGUUUUUUUUAAAUGAAAUAGAAUAACCUCCUGUAGUUUUUCUAGCGUUCCAUCUAUCACCCUAUACAUAAUUAUACUAAUUUAUGUGUAUGUACUAAUACUAUGUAUUUUUAAGUGCUAACCAAACUUUUGUAUUAUGACGUUUAAAGUACUAAAAUAGCUGCGGCUUAAUAUGUAAUCAAUAAUCAUUUUAAAUCCUAUGACUAAUUAGUAAAUACAAGCAUUCAUAUAACAGCAUUCCAAUAAAUGCCUUCAAAACAUUUGUAACUCAAUGCGUUACUAAAGAGUUAAUUUAAUGUUUAAAACCUCUUAAAGUGCCUGCACAGUGUGCGUAAAAAAGCAAAAAUAAAGUCUUUAUAUGUAUAAAAUAUUUCGAAAACAACAUUUACAUGAGUUAAUUGUGUACCUUAUGCAUAUUGAAUGUUAAUUGAUUGUUGUAUGUUAUAGUUAAAUAAUGUUAGCCUUUUUUAACCAUGAGCCCGACGGUACUACAGCGUCUACUACAGCAUACAAACUAACCCUUGGCUAUGCGUGCGGAUCGGAUUUACAACCCGGUUGAGAUAACUGCGUACCUGGUAGCCGUGACGUCACAUCGACGCUCUGGUAUGGACGGGGCGAAAUUGGGGAUGUGCGCAGGUGAGUGCGAGGCAGCGAAUGCGCAGUUAGCUCCAUCGCGUUGUAGUGUUUCUUUCUUGAUCUCAUUUAACAUUAGCGCGUUUAAGUGUGAAUACAGGGUGGUUUGAUCGACAACCUGUACCUGUCGAGCUAAAAGGCUAUUUUUGAUAUUGGGUUUAUGUAAUCAUUGCUUUAUUGGUCGAGUAUUAGAAAAAGCGACGCGUUUCAGUAUUUUAUGCUAAAUUACGUGUAUGCAAAUACACGUCCUUCGAUGCUGCAUUAUAAUUAAUUCAUUGUUUUCUUUUGUAAAUACAAAUGUUUCUAGAUAAAUUUUAUUUUUUAUAAGUAGGUAAAUUUGGUUCCUCAAUAUUGUUGGCAUUGAUCAAAGCCUUCAUUAGCCAUAGUUGGAAAGAUAUUUAAACGAAAUAAU